AUGUCGAAUACGUCGGUGUUUACCGAUUUUACUACUCAAUACAAUCGAAUUGUUCCACCUACAGUGUUUUGCAUUGGUGUCGUUGGAAACAUUUUCAAUAUCAUCACUUUUUCUGGUUAUACAUUACGUACAAAUCCGUGCACGAUGUAUUUUUUUGGAUUGGCCAUGACUCACUUGAAUAAUCUCGCCUUCGGACUACUGUUCAACUAUCUCGGAGACGCUCAUCAUGUCGAUCCGCUGACCGCUAGCACAGUCAUAUGUCGUCUACGAUUUUUCAUUGUACAUUGUUCAAUCGUACUUUCUUCGUGGUUCAUUGUUCUAGCGGGAAUAGAUCGAUAUUUUAUUAGUUCUCGUAAAGUUAAUCUUCGCAAUCUUUCUAGUUUUAAAAACAUACUUUCGCUCAUUCUUGCUGCUAUAUCGAUUUGUUUUGUUCUCUAUGCUCAUGUACUUUUUCUAUUUACCAUAGAACAGACGAAAACCGGACCAGUAUGUUAUGCUCAGUCUGGUGCCUAUCGCGUAUUUUAUGAUUUUUUCUUCUUUACAACGUACAGUUGUACUCCAACAAUAUUGAUGAUUAUAAUUGGUUUAGCUACGCUUUACAAUACUAUUCGACGUCAUGAUCAAAUUAAUCCUACAACUGUUACACAGACAUCAGCUUCAGCAAAGCAAACCCACCGAUUACAUAAACGAGAUUAUCAUUUUAUAAAAAUGCUUCUUUUAGAAUUGGCAACCACCGUGCUGUUUACGUUACCCAUUGUCACACAAAAGCUUUACGCAACAUUGACAGAACGUACACCGAAAAGUUCUGAGCGAUUACAGAUGGAGAACUUUUUCGCACAACUCGUACGAACAUUAACACAAGUUAAUAGCGCUAUCAGUUUCUACAUGUAA